CGGGAGGCCGGGGGCGGGGAGCGGCGGGCGGCCCGGGAAGAAAGGAACAUGGCUCCUGCGGCGGGCGGCCGCUCGGGGCGGAGGCGCUCGGGGCACCAGUGAGCGCGAUGGUGAACGCGAGCCGCGUGCAGCCGCAGCCGCCGGGGGCCGCCCCGCAGCCGCCCGCGCCCCGAGCGCCGCGCCCGGGCCGGCCGGCGGCGGGCGGCGCGGCCGGGGGAGCCGGCCUGGCGGCCCCGGGCGGCCUCCGCGAGCCGCGGGGCCUGGAGAUGGAGAUGGAGCGCAUCCGCCAGGCGGCCGCGCGGGACCCCCCGGCCGGCGCCUCGGCCUCGCCGUCCCCGCCGCUCUCGUCCUGCUCGCGGCAGGCGUGGAGCCGCGACAACCCGGGCUUCGAGGCCGAGGAGGACGAGGAGGAGGAGGAGGUGGAGGGGGAGGAAGGGGGAAUGGUGGUGGAGAUGGACGUGGAGUGGCGCCCGGGCAGCCGGCGGUCUGCCGCCUCCUCUGCCGUGAGCUCCGGGGGCGCCCGGGGCCGGGGACUCGGGGGCUACCCCGGCGCGGGCCACCCGAGCGGGCGGCGGCGGCGGCGAGAGGACCGGAGCCCCCCGAACCCCAGCCCGGCGGGCGGCGGGGACCCGCUGCAUCGCCACCUCCCGCUGGACGGGCAGCCGCCGCGAGUGGCCUGGGCGGAGAGGCUGGUGCGCGGGCUGCGAGGUCUCUGGGGAACAAGACUUAUGGAGGAAAGCAACACGAACCGAGAGAAGUACCUGAAAAGCGUUUUGCGGGAGCUGGCCACCUACCUCCUCUUUCUCAUCGUCCUGUGUGUCUUGACCUACGGGAUGAUGAGCUCCAGUGUGUACUACUACACACGCGUCAUGUCACAGCUCUUCCUCGACACCCCCGUGUCCAAGGCGGAGAAAACCAACUUUAAAACGCUUUCUUCAGUGGAAGACUUCUGGAAGUUCACAGAAGGCGCCUUAUUGGAUGGGCUGUACUGGAAGACACAGCCCGGCGACGGGACUGAAGCUGACAACCGAAGCUUCAUCUACUACGAGAACCUCCUGUUAGGGGUGCCACGGAUACGGCAACUCAAAGUCAGGAAUGGAUCCUGUUCUAUCCCCCAGGACUUGAGAGAUGAGAUUAAAGAGUGCUAUGAUGUCUACUCUGUCAGUAGUGAAGACAGGGCUCCAUUUGGUCCAAGGAAUGGAACCGCUUGGAUCUACACGAGCGAAAAAGACUUGAAUGGGAGUAGCCACUGGGGAAUGAUCGCAACUUACAGUGGAGCUGGCUAUUACCUGGAUUUGUCAAGAACAAGAGAGGAAACAGCCACUCAGAUUGCUAGUCUCAAGAAAAAUGUCUGGCUAGAUCGAGGAACCAGGGCAACUUUUAUUGACUUUUCAGUGUACAACGCCAACAUUAAUCUGUUCUGUGUGAUCAGGUUAUUGGUUGAAUUCCCAGCAACAGGCGGUGUGAUUCCAUCUUGGCAAUUUCAGCCUGUGAAGCUGAUCCGAUAUGUCACGACUUUCGAUUUCUUCCUGGCAGCCUGUGAGAUUAUCUUCUGUUUCUUUAUCCUCUACUAUGUGGUGGAAGAGAUAUUGGAGAUUCGCAUCCACAAGCUACACUAUUUCAGGAGUUUCUGGAAUUGUCUGGAUGUUGUGAUCGUUGUGCUAUCAGUGAUGGCUAUAGGAAUUAACAUACACAGAACAUCAAGCGUGGAGGUGCUGUUACAGUUCCUGGAAGAUCAAAAUACCUUCCCCAACUUUGAGCAUCUGGCAUACUGGCAAAUACAGUUCAACAAUAUAGCUGCGGUCAUAGUAUUUUUUGUCUGGAUUAAGCUCUUCAAAUUCAUCAACUUCAACAGGACCAUGAGUCAGCUCUCCACAACCAUGUCUCGGUGUGCCAAAGACCUCUUUGGUUUCGCAAUUAUGUUCUUCAUUAUUUUCUUAGCCUAUGCUCAGUUGGCAUACCUCGUCUUUGGCACUCAGAUUGAUGACUUCAGCACUUUCCAAGAGUGUAUCUUCACUCAAUUCCGUAUCAUUUUGGGUGAUAUCAACUUCGCAGAGAUUGAGGAAGCUAAUCGAGUUUUGGGACCACUUUAUUUCACUACAUUUGUAUUCUUUAUGUUCUUCAUUCUUUUGAAUAUGUUCUUGGCCAUCAUCAAUGACACUUACUCUGAAGUGAAAUCUGAUUUGGCUCAACAGAAAGCUGAAAUGGAACUCUCAGAUCUUAUCAGAAAGGGCUACCAUAAAGCCUUGGUCAAACUAAGACUAAGAAGAAAUACUGUGGAUGACAUUUCAGAGAGUCUGCGGCAAGGGGGAGGCAAGUUAAACUUUGAUGAACUUCGACAGGAUCUCAAAGGGAAGGGCCAUACUGAUGCAGAGAUUGAGGCAAUCUUCACAAAGUACGACCAAGAUGGAGACCAGGAGCUGACUGAGCAUGAACACCAGCAGAUGAGAGAUGACUUGGAAAAGGAGAGGGAGGACCUGGACUUGGAUCACAGCUCUUUGCCACGUCCCAUGAGCAGCAGGAGUUUCCCACGAAGCCUGGACGACUCCGAGGAGGAGGACGAUGAAGACAGUGGGCACAGCUCUAGAAGGAGAGGAAGCAUCUCCAGUGGGGUUUCUUACGAAGAGUUUCAAGUCCUGGUGAGACGAGUGGACCGCAUGGAGCACUCCAUCGGCAGCAUCGUGUCCAAGAUCGAUGCUGUGAUAGUGAAGCUGGAGAUCAUGGAGCGCGCCAAACUGAAGAGAAGGGAAGUGCUGGGAAGACUGCUGGACGGAGUGGCCGAGGAUGAAAGACUGGGUCGUGAGAGUGAAAUCCACAGGGAACAGAUGGAACGGCUAGUGCGUGAAGAGUUGGAACGCUGGGAAUCCGAUGAUGCAGCUUCCCAAAUAAGUCACGGCUUAGGCACUCCCGUGGGACUAAAUGGUCAGCCUCACCCCAGAAGCUCCCGCCCUUCUUCCUCUCAGUCUACAGAAGGAAUGGAAGGCUCGGGUGGAAACGGGAGUUCCAAUAUGCACGUGUAGGGUGUGUGUUAGCAAAUGUGUUUCCAACAGGUGAGCAGGUGGCUUCCUGAAUGGACAUUGCAAGGUUACUGCAGUAAGUCCUCACUUAACGUCAUGGGUCGGUUCUUGGAACUGUGGUGAAACAAAAUACAAUGAAACCAAUUUUACCACAGGCUAAUUGACAUAAGCAAGAGUUAUGUUCCCACAGCGUAAACAUUAAUAAUAAAACGACUUUAUUCCAGGACCUGCUGUAUUUAUAUGCCCUGACCAGCACGUGAUAUUUGUCAUUGUGAUCAAUUGUUAAUUCUUCUGCACUUUAAUUUAUUUUAAAUCAACUUUGCCCAUGGACCAAAGAAGAUUUUUUUUUUUUUUUUUUUACUCAUUUAAGUAAUUAGGUGUAAAUAUUGAGUACAUUAAAAAAAAAGUCUCUGUAAAGUUUAAGAAGUGGUAUACUCACUUGGUACCACAACUGAGUCUUCUCAAAUGACAAUGAAGUUGCCUUUUAAACUAAUCACAAGUCAGUAUUGUCGUUUUAGCCCAGUGUGUGAAGGGAAACUAGGGGCAUUCCUUCCCACUCAAACUUGGCUCAUGGGCUUAAUAUAAUAUAUAGAUUUUUUUUUUUUUUUUAAUAAAGGAGCCUUUUAUUUCAACUACCUUCCUGGGGUAAAUUUUUCUAAAGGACAGGCUGGAAAAGAACUCCAAAACAUAGAAUGGAUAUGUAGUCAUUAUGCUACAAUAUGUAUGAAUGGUUCAGAUAAAUAUGGAAUUCUGUGCUUUUUGUUCUUUUAUCAUAUCUAAUGUCUUUGGGAAUAACUGUUUUACUUAGUUUUUACACUAUUUUUCUCCCAUUUGAAAUGAGCUGCAUGAAACCCCAAAGAUCAACUAUGGGUUAAAAUGUCUUCUCAGACUUAACAAAGGAGAAUUAGAAGGAGCCUUCACUAUGUUCAACUGUUUCUAAUAAUUAAUUUAAUAUAAAGACUUACUAUAUAUUCUCUUUUCCAUAUGGCUCAACUUAUUUGCCACUGAAAGUAAUGUUGCAACUAAUCUAGGAAGAACCGCUUAUGAAAUUGUUUAGUUAGUACUGAAAUUUGUAGUAAAUAUGUUCAUUUUAAACAAAAUUUUAAGGGAGUGAUGAAAUUCAUAUAAAUAUAUUAUAAAACUAAAGUGUACAUUGUGUACUAUUUUAAGAAUACAGAACUCAAAUGCUCUUGACCUGUAUUUCCAACCUAGGAUGUGUACUCUACAUGGAGCUCAAUUUUAUGAAAUGGAGUUUUUCGUAUUGAAAGUUCGCCCAUUAACAGAAAGUAUCAGCCAAAGUUUGAUUUUACAGUAGUUUGGGUUUUUGUUUGUUUGUUUGUUUUUGUUUUUAAUAUAUUUGUAUUGAUUUUAGAGAGGAAAGAAGAGGGAGAGAGAAAUAGAAACAUCAAUGAUGAAAGAGAAUCAUUGAUCGGCUGCUUCCUGCACCCCCCUGCUGGGGAUCCCAUCUGUAACCCUAGGCACGUGCUCGUGACUAGAAUCAAACCCGGGAACCUUCAGUCUGGAGGCUGGUGCUCUAUUCACUGAGCCAAACCAGAGAGGGCUUGUUUUUUCAUUGGGAGAGCAUCUUACCAAAUUAAUGGGGAAGAAAUCUAGUUCUCAAUAAAAAAUAAAAAUCUUAUUUUUGAAAAGUCUUGAGUAAGAUGACCUUUUGAGAGCUAAUGGGACAAGCAAGAGAGAAUACAGUACUGGUGAAAAACUUCCUAGGAGAAUAGAAGAGAGGCCUGUUUUUUAAUUCAGUAUUUUAAUCCCCAUGCUGUGUCAGUCCAAUUAAUUGGUAGAAUGUGUCAGUCCAAUCUUCAAAGAAAACAGCAGCAAACCUUUCUAAGCUGGCUGCCAUAGAGGUGAUACACACUGGGUUUCUGGAACAGUUAUUUCCCAUGGCUUCAUCUUCGCCUGUAUUUCCGUGUUCUAACUACACCAAGCCCUUGAUUACUCGGUACUAAAGUUUGCGUUCCAGGGAGAGCGAGUGUAUGUAUUUAUGUAUGUGUACCAUGUUGUUACAUGUAAACAAACUUCAAUUUGAAGUGCAGCCAUUAUGUGGUAUCCAUGUGUAUUGACCACGUGCCAUAUAUGAAUUAUGGUCACUAGAGAGUCUUUUAUGAUAGUUACUGUUAUAUUGUUUUUCAUUUCUUCUGCAAAAUUCUCUCCUAUUACCCCUCAGUUACAUUUUUUUCUUUUCUUAUUUAGUCAUGGAGAAUUCCCUCCUCAUCCCUCUCCUAUCUUCCCUUUAUAUUAAUAUUAUUAAAAAGAUGUUACUUACGCAGGUGUCUCUUAACAAUUGAGAAUUGCAUUAAUGUGUAUUACUGAGCACUUUACUUCCUAAUAAAGACUUGAUAUAAAAGCA